ACCAAAGCACCGGCUGACCACACCGCCCUUCUCUGCCCGAUUGGCUGUCUGCCUUCCUGGUACGGCCCCCGUCGACUUUAUUCUGCAGCUGAGUGGCGGGCUGCGCUGUCCAUCGUGUGACGUCCAGUGGCGGGGGAAAGUGUCAGGGAUGCUCUUCUCUUGAGUGUGUGCGGCACAGGCAGAAGGAGCAGAUAGAGGUGAAGCCGGGUAACUGUCUGUCUAAUCCCUGCAGGUGAGUGCAGCCUCCUAUAAUCAUAUGUACACCCUACUAUAGCAAAGGAGGAAGCUGGAUAACUGCCCUCUCCAUACAGGCAACUGACUUGAAUGAGGUAUAGACAACAUGGAAAUUUUAGGCUCAACUGUAACGUCAACCUACGGCCGCCACAGGCCUACUCCCACCAAUUUUUUGCCAGCCAUCUCCACAAUGUCCGCAAGCUAUAAGAACCGCUUCCCUCACUAUACAAUGAGCCACAGUUUGACUCUUCCUUGGAGACCAAGUACAUACUACAAAGUAGCAUCUGCAAAUCCAUCGCUAGCUUCAUUUUCAAAAAGUGCGCCAGGGUUAAACCCAGCUCAGAUCCUGUCCUUUCCAUCCAACAGAACAGCACUUUUCACUAGGUACACUCCAGAUGACUGGUAUAAAUCCAAUCAGGUGAAUUACAGGGAAUCAGAGUCUUCCAGACGUAGUGCAGAGAGGCUUCGGGCAGACACAAGUCGACUAAUUCAAGAGAAGGAUCAAAAGACAAGGAAGAUCCAAAAUGAAACCAGUAAAGAUCUAGGGGAAAGGGUCAAUGACAUUUCAUUUUGGAAAUCAGAAAUCAUUCACGAGAUCGACCAGAUGAUCGGGGAGACAAAUGCUCUUUCGGAAAUGAAGAGGCGAAUGGAAAGGGCACUGAUGGAAACUGAAGGGCCGUUGCAGGUUGCUCAAGAAUGUCUGUACCACCGGGAAAAACGUAUGUCCAUUGACCUGGUACAUGAUGAUGUGGAGAAACAUCUUCUACAGGAGGUGGACUGCAUUAAAUCCUGCCAGGAAAAGAUGAGACGGCACCUGCAGAAAAUCACUGCUCAGCUUGCGUCUAACAGAGCCGCUCAACAUGAGUUAGAGAGGGACAUCAGCGACAAGCAGACGGCACUACGUAUCGAUGACAAAUGCCAAAACCUGAGGAAUUCCUCGGAUGGCAUUGGCUACUACCGAGGCAUGGAUCGUAUAGACGCAACGGUUUCUAUCCCUGAAACCUGGGCCAAGUUUAGUGAUGAUAACAUCCUGAGAUCGCAGAGCGAUCGAGCAGCAUCAGCCAAGCUGAGGGAGGAUGCUGAGACCAUCUUGGCCUCCACCUCUAACGACAUGUGGAGCCAGUUCAACGCGGUCAAUGUAAAUUUCACCAACCGCAUAUCUGAAACCGCUGAUGCCAAGAACAAGCUGCAAAAUCACUUGGCCAAGACACUCCAGGAAAUCUUCCAGACAGAGAUGACUAUAGAAGCCAUUAAAAAGGCCAUCAAGGACAAAAGUGCUCCAUUGAAAGUGGCCCAAACUCGUUUAGAUGAGCGCACUAGACGCCCCAAUGUGGAAUUGUGUCGAGAUACUGUCCAAAUACGUCUGAUGCAGGAGGUGCAGGAGAUAGAUGACACCAUCCAGGCCUUACACCUACGUCUCCGAGAAGCAGAAGAUGCCUUGCAGAUGUUGGUCCAUACCAAAUCCAACCUGGAACACGACCUGGCCAUCAAGGCUAACAGUCUGUUUAUUGAUCAGGAGAAAUGUAUGGGCAUGAGGAAAAGCUUCCCUAGCACCCCCAGACUGGUGGGCUACGCAUAACUCUUCUGGCCAAGCCAAGGUGUAAGUGUGUGACUUCUAAUACAAGAAAUCCUGAAUUCAACCUGACAGUAGUGAUUGGUACCCACCUAGUGUGGUCUGGUGGUUUGACCAUACAAACGAGCGAGUGAUUUCUGCUUUAUUAAAUUAUAUAAUAAAGUCUAAUCUUGUUUCAAAAAA